AUGACGCACGUGUGCUUAGAACAACCGCACACAGUCACGCAAAACAUGACGCGUCCUCGCGGCGCCGUUGGCGGUUGCAACACCCCCGGCAGUAGAGUGGAUCCCUGGUGGAAUCCUGGUUCCCUCUUCCCAACUGUCUCGACGCCAGGACCACCUAAAAUCGACGAGGGACUUCCGGGAAUAAAUCAACAUCAGUAUUGUGGCCAGCAACAGCAACAAAAUAAUACUCGCAAUACGUCGAGUCCUAUUUUAACUUAUUCAUUUUUAUCAUCAUCGAUUCAACAACAGUCUUAUGACCACUUAAAUAAUAAUAACAACAACAACAACAACAACAACAAUAACGAUAAUCAAGAAAUAAAUAAAAAUUUGUGCUCAUCAUUGGGUAUUGCCUCAGCGACAACGAGUCCACCGAUUUUAUCUUCAUCAUCAUCAUCGUCGUCAUCCUCGUCGUCGUCAUCUUCAUCAGCAGCAGCAGUAUCAUUAACUUCUAGCUUCUGCCAAAUAGACUCAUUGACUACUAACUCAAAUAGGUGUAGCUCAGAUGUUGUAAGAUUAUCAUCAACCACGAGUACCUGCAAUAAUUCAUACGGCACAAACGUUUCAACCUCUUCAAAACAAUCUGAUAACGUACUUUCCACACUGCUUGCCCCAAAAUCAUCAGAUUCCUCGCAUAUAACGCGAGGAAUCAAUCAUCAUCACAAUCACAAUCACAAUCAUAAUCACAAUCAUAAUCAUAAUCAUAAUCAGUCUGGCGGUGUUGCUGCUGGUAGCAAUCGAACAGUAUUGUCAUCUUUAUUAACAGCAGCAGCAGCAGCAGCCGCGGCAGCAGCGGCAGUAGCCACAACAACCACAACAACAACAACAGCAUCACCAACAACAACAAAUUUAGACUAUGCGACUAAUUCAUCUGCCGCCUCAACAUCAAUAGCAAAUAUCAUAAGAAAUUCCAGUGCAAAUAAUAUUGAUACAACGACUGUGUCUUCCCCAACCUCAUCCUCUUCUUCGAGAGAUUCAAUAACGGGUAUUCUUUCAUCACUUAACGUCAGAAUUAAAUCAGAACAUAUACCGAAAGGGAAUAAUAAUAAUAAUAAUAAUAUUAGUAAUAAUAAUAAUAACAAUAAUAAUAAUAGUAAUAAUCAAACGACGGAUGAUUCCACCGGUUCUGCACAAGGAUAUUGUGCAUCUCUUUUGAGUUCUCUGUUAUCAACAUCGAGAAUAUCAUCAGGUAACACAAAUUCUGAUAUAACGAAUAAUCAAGAUCAUAAUAUUAAAGUUGAAUAUUCAUUGAAUGUACCAUCACCCCAAGGAAACGUUUUACAAGUUACCGAAGAAAAUUUAACAGCAACAUCACCUUACGAUAUUAUUAGCACCAGUGGACAAUCAUCAUCACAAUCACGGUGUUUUUCCUCAAAAGAUCGUGAUAAACAACAUUCAACCUCAGAUAAUAUAGUUGUAUCACCAGUAUCAGUAGCUGAAAUAGCAGCUCUCGAUAUGAAGUAUGAGACACAAACGGUACCGGGUUCAGGAGCACCCCAUUUAACAGGAUCAACUGGUGUUGAACCUCCUCACAGUAGCAGUCAAUCAAGUGGACUUGUUGUUGUAGGAGCAUCAGCAGCAGCAACAGAAGUCGGUGUUGAUAGCCUUCUUUUGCCAUGGGCCACUAGUGGUCCCGAUUUUCUCGAACCCUCUGAUGUUAAACAAACAACACCAGGUUCUAUUCAUGACGCUUGGGAUACUCUAUUAUUGGGUUCAUCAGUGGGUGUUGUUGCUUCUGCUCAUUCGUUAGCUGAAUUAAAACCAUUACCACCAUUUACUGGUUAUACUGGACAUUUAAGUAUAAAUGGUAUACCUGGACAUCAUUAUCAUACGAUAGCAUCAUCUGCUCAAAGACCUACAAUACAAUCCUCCUCUUCACCUACACCAUCUUCAAAUCAUGAAUACUAUGAAUCAUCGGUUGUAUCAUCGAGUACACCUUGUCCACAAUCGACACAAAAAUCAACUCAACAGCAUCAAUUACCCCAAUCAACAACACAGCAAGUUGAAUAUGAUAUUGAAGAUAUUGCUGAAAUAAUUGGCUCUGCUAUUGCGGAUACAACUGUUCCUGGUGGUGGAAAUGGUCCUGGCUCGGAAAAUGAUGCUGAUAAUUCAAAAGAUUGGAUUGAUAUAGCGGAAUGGAUUGACACUGCGUGUUCACCUAAAACCCAUGAAACAUCAUCACCAAAUCCAUACUCACAGAUAUAUGCCUCACAAACAAAUCAACCUAAUAAUCAUAAUCAUCAACAUGGAUCAACUUUACAAAAUUUAUUGACAACAACAAGUUAUGCACCAUUGCUACAAGCAAGACUUCAAGCUGGUAAUGCGGGUCUUCAAAAUCCAUCAUGUGGUGAGACACCCUCUUCAACGAGUCCUUAUCCACCAGUCAGUCCACCCGGUAGGGUAUCAACAUCCUGUAGUCCUGAUCAUUUACUUCAUUCCCCGUUUGCUGCACCAUCUCACACGCGAAAAAGAUCACGACCAUCACCAGCUGGCAAUCAAAAUCCUUCAAAAAAAAAUCCAGCCACUACAGCUUUACCCUACGGUACAGAGUCAAGUCUUAUAGGUGGUAAAGAAAAACCCGUUCACAGGUGUUCUAUUUGCAAUAGAGGAUUUCUAAAUAAAAGCAAUAUUAAAGUUCACUUGAGAACUCAUACGGGCGAAAAACCAUUCAGGUGUGAAGUUUGUGGUAAAGCUUUUCGACAAAAAGCCCAUCUAAUAAAACAUCAACAGAUUCACAAGAGAAUUGGCAGGGAUUAAAUUUCUUUAUUUUUUUUUUUAUUUUAUUUAUUUUUAAAAAUCUAAAUGAUCACACAUACAACAAUAACGUCAGUGAUAUAUAUUUAUAUACGUUGUGUUGAGUAGCACAAUAAUAAUAGUAAUAAUAAUAAUAACAAAAAAUCCUUUCAAUCAGAUACUUAUGGCAUUUGUCGUGUAUAUUAGCUUACUGAUUUUGUUAAUAAAAAUAGUAAAUUUUAUGAUGAUGAUGAUGAUGAUAAUACAAGAUUACUUGACAGCAGCCAAAAUACUCAACAAGUAAAUCAUGUGAGUAUAUUCGACAACUAGUAUGUGUAAAAUAAAAUUAAUUAAGGUAUGAAACCUUGAUUAAUAGGAACUUUGAUUAUUAUUAUUAAUAUUAUUAUUUUAUAAAAAAAGUACCAGUGCAAAUAAUGCGCGUGCGCGCGAUAUAUGUAGUAUACAUAUAUUAACACUGAUAAUAAAAGAAAGAAAGAAAAUAUAAAAAAAUCUAGAUAUAUAUGUGUGAGUGUCGUUUUUGGAAUAAAAUUCUCAAUGGUGCGAAUUGUGCGCCAUGUAUAUAUAAUAUGACACUUAUUUUUAUAUAUUAUAAUUGAGUACUUAGUUUUUGACAUUGUAUGUAAUUUAAAAUAAUUAUUGCUCGGUAUAUCUUGCUAACGCGCAUGGUACUAUUUUAUUUAUAAUUACAUAUAUGUUUAUGUAUAGACACUUGCGUGCGACUAAAUAAGAGACAUUAAACAAUGUAUAACGAGACAAUAAGCGCGACCUGUUGUGAUCGUGCUACAAUGUACCUAUAAAUAUAUAUAUAUUUAUAUUUAUAGUUAGAUAGAUAUAUAUAUAUUUAUAAAAAUAUGUUAUUAAGUCCUUCCGUCACGUGCUUUUAAUUUAAUUUAACUUACAUUUAAAUAAAUAUAUAUUUAUAUUGUUUUUGUUAUCAGUUAUCACCAGUUAUAAAACUUUUAUCAUCUUCACUCAUCCAUUUAUUUAUUUUGCUUCAUUUAUUAAUUUUUUUCUUCAUCAAUUUUCCUUUUUUCUCUUUACUCUUAUUUAAUAGUAUUCUUUUAUGCUUUAUUUGCUUCUUUAUUAAUUACUUUUUUUUCUUUUGCGACAAUACAUUAACAAAUAAUCCUUCGGGAUUAUAAAAAAUUCAUAUAAUAUAAUGUCAAUUUAUUAAUUAUUAUUUAAAUUAGUCUUAUAUGUAUAUAAAUUGUCAAAAAAAUUAUUAAUAUAUACGUCGCAUCAAUCAUUUUUCUCUUUUUUUAUUUAUUUCUAUUUAUUGCCUUUUUUUUUUUAUUAAUUUUACUUUCUCUUAUUUUUCUCGUUAUUUAUGUUAAAUUAUUUAUUCGAAUUUAAGUUUAGUGGAGAGUAUAAAACUAUGAUUGAUUUUUGAAAAAUAGAUGCAUACGUGCGCAUAAAAAAUGAAAUGACGGCUGUGUUCUCUUCUUUCGCAUGAGGAUGAUCCACAGAUCUCACGAAAUAUAUAAACUAUUAAAUCCCAUUGAUAAGGGUAUUUCUGUCAUCAUUUUUUUUCUUCUUUUUUUUACCGUCUCCCUAUUUCUCUGUCUUUAUCUCUUUUUUAUAAUUUUUAAAGAUUAAAUCUAUUUAAGUACUCCGUACACACCCAGCUUCAUAUUUAUUAUAGUAUCUUUUCUUAUUAUUUUCUUUUUUUUUCUUUUUCUAAAUCUUGUACUUUGUAUUGUUUUGAACACUCGGGUCCAAUGUGUGACUUGUUAAUUAAUAAAAAUUCAAGUGAGAUGAUAUUUACUCAAUGGCAGUUUUUAAUUAUAAAAAAAGGAAACGAAAAAGAAAAAGAAAAAAAAAAGAUAAUUAGAUUUGUGUGUGAUAAACACAGUUAAUUUUUAUACUUGGUACCUAGCGUAGCUGGCUACGCAAAUCUUUGUAUGUAGAUUAUUUAAACAAACAAACAAACAAACAUAAAAACUGAUGAUGAUAAUAAAAAAUAAGACAUAAUUUAUUUCAAGCUCGAUGCAACACUAUUUAUUAUUUCUUUUUUUGAUACACUGAAUAAACGGUGUUAAAUAAUACAUAAUUUGCAUCAACAACAAAUAAAUAGUGUCUCUAAAUAAUAAAUAACAAUAAUAAUAAUAAUAGAAAAAAAAUAAAAAGUGUAAUGAAUGGCAGUAUUGUAUCUAUAUUUAAUAUAAUUAAUUAUACUGAAUUAGUGUAUAUCUAA